UAAGGAGAAACCUAGACGCCCCCACUCGAGCAGUUCGUUCGCCGCAUCUCCGGUGCGCCGUCUGCCUGCGCUCGCUCGCUGACCCUUCGUGCCCAACCAAUGUCGGCUACUGCGUUUAUGGAGCUGGCGCUCGACCAGGCCAAGUUUGCGCUGGACAACCUUGAGGUUCCUGUAGGAUGUGUGAUUGUGGAGGACGGGAAGGUUAUUGCCUCUGGUAGCAACAGGACCAAUGCCACCCGGAAUGCUACAAGACAUGCUGAGAUGGAAGCAAUCGAUGUCCUUCUCCAGGAGUGGCAGAGUAUUGGCCUUGACCAGACACUGGUCGCGGAUAAGUUUGCAGGAUGUGACCUCUAUGUCACGUGCGAGCCAUGCAUAAUGUGUGCAUCAGCAUUGUCGAUACUAGGAGUCAGGGAAGUAUACUUUGGGUGUCCGAAUGAUAAAUUCGGGGGAUGUGGAUCAGUCAUGUCACUGCAUGAGAGCCUUUCGUCGGAUGACUUAACAGGGAGCCAAGAUACCAGAUCAAGAGGUUUUAAAUGUACUGGGGGGAUAAUGGCGGAAGAGGCAGUCGCUCUUUUUAGAAAUUUCUAUGAACAAGGAAACCCGAAUGCACCGAAGCCACACAGACCUGUCCGAGUGGAUCAGCAGUGACUUGUUUGUUAGUCGUGCUGAUGAGGAAGAUCUCAGAUCUACAUCCUACAGGUCAGGCGAUUCAAGAAGAUUCUCUCCACUAUUGAUUAGCUUGUGUUAACACUGAAUUCAGCCUUACUUAGUUGCAGCUAUCUAUCAUCUAGACAUUUGGUUUGUCCUUUAUGGGAAAAUAAAAGAGAAACCAAAUGUGUUACGCAAAUUGUUAUAUAUUACUAUUGCUCUUAAAUGCAAUUCAAUUGAUAGUUUGAUCAUUGCAGCGCAUUUCCUGUUGCC